AUGGAGAAAACAGUAAUCCCCAUAUUUGACUGUUUUUCAGAGCCAGCAACCCUUGGACCACGAUGGGAAAGGUGGCUGAUGUCGUUUGAGCUCUAUGCAGACGGCAAAGGCCAUAUUAUUGGGUCCACCACAACACCGGAGGUGAAGCAACGAAGACGUGCACUAAUGCUCCAUCUAGCCGGACCGGACGUACAGGAAAUUUUCUUGACGCUACCUGACACGGGCGCUGCUACUGAUUUUGACGCUGCCAAAACCGCACUGAACAAAUACUUCGUGCCACAGAAAAAUGCAGCAUUUGCACGGCAGACUUUUCACCAAGUUGUCCAGAAGGAAGGGGAAACGGUAUUACAAUUUGUAACCAGACUUUGGAGAGCGGCUAGAGACUGUGAUUUUGGAGGUGAAAAAGACAACCAGAUAAGAGAUGCUGUGCUGAGUAAGUGCAAAUCUGAUUACGUUAGACGCAAGCUAUUGGAAGCAGGGGAUGAACUAACUUUAGCAAAGGCAAUGAAAGUAGCUGAUAAAUGUGAAAAGGUAGAAAGUCAGAUGGCUGCACUGUCUGUCAAGGGCAAAACCUAUCAGUCUGACACUACUGUCAACAUGGUGUCUGACAGAAAACCAAAGCCUCAUGACAAAUCAAGCAAGCCUAAGAAAUGGACCCAACAAUCCAAACAUCAGAGACAGGAAAACCAAUCGGUGAAAUCCGCAACCACUACCAUGACUACCAAAGGUGCUUGUUACAGGUGUGGUCGAACUGGGCAUUUUGGUCGAGACCCUAAGUGCCCCGCAAGAGGCCAGACAUGCCAAAAAUGUUCUGGAAGAGACCAUUUCGCCAAAGUCUGCAAGACCAAGUCCAAGCCAACAGUCAACCAAAUCGAUGAGCAACAUCUUGAUUCAGAACCAUCGCAUGACUAUGCAUUUCUCAUUCAUGAGAAUACUUACUCGAAUAAGAUGAAAGUAACUGUUGGUGGAAUUGACCUCCACAUGUUGAUUGAUUCUGGGGCCACGAGCAACGUUAUUGAUGAACAUACAUGGGAAUCACUGAAAAAUGCAAAAAUUAAGUGUGAAUCCCGUGUCGCCCCACCAAACAGGAAAUUGUGGGCAUACGGUGCUGACCAAGCCCUAUCAUUGAAAGGUCUCUUCAGCUGUGAAGCGAGUAUAUCGGGAAAAUCUGUACCAGCUGAAUUCAUCGUCAUUAAAGGCAAAGGUGUUCCCUUACUUGGCAAAGUUACUGCAAUGGAGUUGGGUGUACUCAAAAUUGGAGUGGAUGCAGCUAACAGUCCUCCACACACCACAGCGGUAGCCAGUAUUGAUGAGCGCACAAAGAGUGGCUCGACCCAGUUCCAUAAGCAAUUUCCAGAUGUGUUCAAAGGCGUGGGUAAGCUCAAAACUGAACAAGUGAAGCUUCACAUUGACCCCUCUGUAAAGCCAGUAGCACAACCACUAAGACGCACUCCAUUCAAUUUGCGCAGUCGAGUGGAGGAAAAGAUUCGUGAAUUGGAGGAUCUCGAUAUCAUUGAGCGUGUGGAUGGUCCAACCCCUUGGGUCAAUCCAGUAGUCACGGUGCCAAAACCGAAUGGUGACAUACGACUCUGCCUCGACAUGAGACGUGCUAAUGACGCAAUAAUACGCGGUCGUCAUCCAAUACCGACAGUAGAUGAACUGUUACAGACAAUGAAUGGAUCAAAGUUCUUCAGCAAGCUCGACCUCAAAUGGGGCUAUCACCAGUUGGAACUUGAUAACGAGUCGCGAGGGAUCACAACCUUUGUUACUCAUUGCGGUCUCUACCAAUACAAACGCCUUCUCUUUGGAGUUAGCUCUGCCAGUGAGCAAUACCAAUACAUGAUCGCAAAGACACUAGCGGGACUUGAAGGUGUGGAAAACAUCUCAGACGACAUCAUCGUUCAUGCGUCUGACAAGAAGACACACGAUAACAGAGUAUUCGCAGUGUUACGCAGAUUGGAGGAGGUAGGUCUUACCUUGAACCAAGAGAAGUGCCAGUUUAACAUGAGUCGGUUGGUAUUCAUGGGAAUCCUACUAUCAGAGAAAGGCAUUGGUCCUACACAAGAGCGCGUAAGAGCUGUAGCAGAAUUUCGCGAACCGGAAAACGUCUCAGAGAUUCGAAGCUUUCUUGGCCUCGUUGGGUUUAGUAGCAGAUUCAUACCUAACUUUGCUACAGUGUCAGAUCCACUUCGAAAGCUAACCAGGAAAGGAAUUCCAUUUCAAUUUGGACCUUACCAGCGAACAGCCUUCAAUUCGCUAAAGGAGAGCCUCGCAAACGCAACUACGCUCGCGUACUAUGACAAGAACGCACCGACAAAAGUGAUAGCUGACGCGAGUCCAGUAGGACUGGGUGCCGUUUUAAUCCAGGAACAACACGACGGUUUAGUUCCAGUCUGCUAUGCCAGUCGCAGUCUGACAGAUUGCGAGAGGAGAUAUUCGCAAACAGAGAAGGAAGCCCUAUCACUCGUCUGGGCUUGUGAAAGAUUUCACGCAUUCAUCUAUGGUCGCAGUUUUGAACUACUGACUGAUCACAAACCAUUGGAGGCGAUAUAUGGACCCCGAUCUAAACCAUGUGCACGAGUUGAGCGAUGGGUAUUACGCCUACAGCCAUACGAGUACAAAGUUGUAUACAUCCCCGGACGCGAUAACAUCGCCGACGCUUUGUCCCGGCUUUCGCAGGAAAAGAUUCAACUCAAGCAUGACCACGGGGCAGAGGACUAUGUGCGUUUUGUAGCCAUCUCUGCCACACCCAGUGCUAUGACAACGAAACAAGUUGAAAGUGCAUCCGCAGAGGAUAAAGAGCUAGCAGAGCUAAGAGAAGCAAUUCGAACCGGGUUCUUUGAAAACUGUAAGGCGUAUGCACCGAUCGCAGGAGAGCUAUGUGUCAUCGGACAGCUGAUAUUACGUGGAACGCGUAUCGUCUUACCACAGAAACUCAGACAACAAGCCUUAGCUCUUGCGCACGAGGGUCACCUUGGUAUUGUGGGAACGAAGCAAAACCUUCGCACAAAAGUAUGGUGGCCAGGAAUGGAAAAAGGUGCCGAAAAGUUCUGCAGAUCGUGCCAUGGAUGUCAAAUUGUAGCACGACCUGACCCCCCCGAGCCACUGAGACCAACCACGCUCCCUGACGGUCCUUGGCAGGACUUAGCAACGGAUUUACUUGGACCAUUUCCAUCAGGACAUUCCGUUCUAGUAGUUAUUGAUUACUACAGCCGAUACUAUGAGUACCAGAUACUGAGUUCCACUACCGCAGACAAAGUCAUUGAUUCCCUAGAGGAAAUCUUCAGCCGUCAUGGACUUCCAGUGACACUGAAAUCCGACAAUGGUCCCCAGUUCCGUUCUCAUGAGUUUCGAGAGUUCUGUGAGGAGAAUGGUAUAGACCAUGUCAAGGUUACAGCUAAGUGGGCUCAAGCAAAUGGCGAAGUGGAACGCCAAAACGACUCAAUCAUGAAACGAAUCCGUAUCGCACAGGCCGAAGGUCAAAACUGGCGAAAGGAACUACGGAAAUACGUCACAAAAUAUCGCGCUACUGAACACCCCGCCACAAGGAAAACUCCAGCUGAGUUGUUGUUCAAUCGGAAAAUGCGCGGGAAACUACCAGUGUUUCAGGCCGAUAAUCAUUCUGACUUGGAAGUCCGGGAUCGCGACGCCGAAAACAAAGGAAAAGCCAAGCUUUACACGGACGCUCGUCGGAAUGCAAAAUACUCGGAGGUGGAAGUCGGUGAUCAAGUCCUUGUGAGACAAGAGAAAACAAACAAGUUUUCUACCCCGUUCAACCCUGAACCCUUCACAAUUGUGAACAAAACCGGCAAUAGUGUCAUAGUUGCCUCCCCGAAAGGUGCUCAAUAUUCGCGAAACACUAGCCAUGUGAAGAAGUUUAUGCAAACUGCACAUGACGCGGAUAUGCCACUGUCUGACCCUGCCAUUCAACCAUCCAAAAUGGAUCACGGAAGUGCAGUCCCUGAACAGAUUCUUGUUUCCCCGACUCAGAGUUUGGCAGAUACCAAUCCAGUCGCGACCCCCCCAACUGUCGUGGACAAACAAUCUUCCCCACACAGUGCCAGACCCAAAAGACAGUGUGGCAUGCAUCCGAAAUACAAAGACUUUGUUCUAAACUGA